AGACUCCCUUUCUGUUGUGCAUCCGCGCCUCUUGUUUUUUUCCGCUCCUCCUUUUUCCUUUUUCUUUUUCUUCUUUGCUUCUACUUCUUUUUUUUUCAGCCACCCAGUAUGGCAAAUCUCGAUAUCAAAAUAAAACUGGCAAAUACCCUUGCCACACUCCUACUUGUUGGGAUACAAGGUUUCGGUUAUUCUCACUGGUUCCUUGGACACGAUUACGGUUUCAAGCCACAUGACUUUAUCAUUAUUCUCGUUGGCAUCUUGCAAUUGCUGCUCAUUGGCAUGACCAUCUAUCAAUGGCUUCCAAGUGCACCAAAAGAUUUUUUCCAGGCUGUCAGUUACUGGUACCUUUUGGUGGCCAUUCUCAACAGCGGCGUCGUGCUUUUAUGGCAUUUCGGUUUGAAUAUUUUCGCUUUCGUGGGCUUGUUGUGGGAAUUAGCCACGCUCGUUUUCAUCUAUCACCGUUUGCGCAACUUCCCUCCUCGCCACCAUACGGAUUUAGCUUUCCUCAAUGCUCCUUUCUCCAUCUAUACCGCCUACAUUUUCUUUGUGACGUUAUUCCAAACCUUCCAGUUCAGUGAAGAUACCAAAUAUCAUCCUCUGGUGCUAAGCUUGAUUAUUAUCGUGAUCGGAUUCGUGGCACUUCAUCUUGUGGAUUAUUCGAGCCGCAAAGAUUGGAUUUAUGCUUUGGCCACUGCAUGGAUUCUUUUGGGAGCCGCUGUUUUCCUGAAUGAGUUGCCUCACACUGUGUCCCUGAUUGUCGUAGGUAUCCUUCUUAGUGCCGUGGCACGCACACUGAUCCCAAACUGGCUUGAACGCAUCAACCGUCGCUUUGGUCACUGGACCGAUCGUAUUGGCGAACGUACUCCCCUUCUUCCUGGCCGCAGUUAAUGGCCCGAUCCAUCUGUAUCCCUGCACGGAUCGCUCAAGAUACAGUUGCUUUUCGAAACAACAUUAAAAAAAUAAAAUAAACAAAAGACGAAACGAUCAUCUGCAGUUGUGCGCAUGAUUUUUUUUUUACUUGCAGCGACGAAUGACAUGCACAGACUAUCGAGAUGCAAGGAGGGGGUUUAUCGUAACAAGAUUCACGUGAAGACUGCAGUUGAAUGUUUUUUUUCU